AUGAAGAUGAUGGCUGCCAUGGCGGCGGCUGUCGCGCUGAUGGGAGUGACAGCUGUCCUCAUGAUGAUCAACACUGGCAGCAAGACAGCACUGGCGUAUAGAGAGAGAUUCUAUUUCCCAGAGCAAAAGACUGGAUCUAGAUCCAUGAAGAAGAGAGUUGUCCGGUCCUCAAAGGCAAGGCUCGUCUGGAGAUGCUUGGCUGCCCUUGCAUGGACAUCUCCAAAGUGUGGACAGAAGAUUCCAGCUGGGGACAGUACAAUGUUGGAGAAAGUGAUUGCUGACGCUAAGAAGAAGCUAGACACGCGGCUCUCAGUGGUUGUCGACGCGGGAUAUGUGGGACCUCCUGGCAAGGAAGGGGAACGAGGAUCCCCUGGUGUUGUUGGGCCAAAAGGUCCAAGAGGACAUCCGGGUCAAAUUGGCUACAGGGGAGAGACUGGUGACAUCGGACCCAAGGGAUUGACGGGAUACACUGGCGUCCCAGGCCCCCCUGGCUACGUCGGUGAGCAGGGCACACGUGGACCAACUGGAGACGAGGGGUCACCCGGUGAACCCGGACCAAAGGGAUUCCAGGGGAAUGCUGGCGGGCUGGGACUUCAAGGCUAUCCAGGACCGAUGGGUGAGGCUGGAGGGCGAGGGCAAGUCAUGCCGAUCAGUGGUUAUGACGCCUGGACUGGAUGCAGCCCUCUAAGAGGAUACAAGGCUGAGUUCCUGGAUCGACAAGACAUCAGUUGUCUGAAUAGAUGGGGAACUUACUUUAUCGAAUCCUUCGUGCUGACAAGUCAUGGAUGUUCCGGUUCAGACAUGCACUAUCGAUAUACUUGUGCCUCGCCUGCACAGUUCAAGGAUUGCUCACCACAAGGACAGACGUGUUGGUGUCCCGGCGGAUUGGUCCGUUACGGUGUGGGGCACGAUUGGACCAACACAUUGGGUGUAUCAAGCAGCAUCUUUUGUAACGACAAUAUCUUCGGUGACCCUUCACCGGGCAGCGUCAAGAAAUGUCAGUGUUCAAAGGAUAAUGAUCUAGGAACCAAUAGCUGCCAAACCUUGUACACGGGUUGUACACAACUCGAUGGAAAGACUAUUGGUUCGAAUGAGAGAUAUCAGUACACCUGCUGUACACCAAUUCGAGGAGCCGGCACUUGCAGAGAAGCCUUGACCGAGUGA